AAGCCUCCAGCAGGUCCAGCCCUCCGUGUGCCAUGCCCUAUCCAGGUGGGACCAGCACGGCCACCAUCCUGUGUGCCCGGUCCAGCCCUCUGAGGGCAGCUGUGUGUCCCUGCUCCCACCUGACACCCAACCCUAACCCCACAGGCCGCUCCCCGCCAGCUGUCAGCAGGGCCCUGCCCCGCCCCCAACCCCACAGGUGCCCAGAGGACUGCUCCCUCCGAGGGUGUGCAGGCGGGAGCGGGGCCUGGUGGCCGGGCCUCCCCCUCCCCAGUUCCUGUGCCUAGAGAGCUUCGCACCCACGAGGCCGUGGGCCAUCGAAAGUGGCACAGAAAGGAUGGUCUGGAUGAGGGGGCGGGACCUGAGUGGCCGGACAGCUGGCUUCCUCCUGCAGGUGCUUCUGACGCCAGCAUGGAGCAAGUCCCUGCGGCCUCGGCCAAGGCCCGUGGCCAGGGCUGCCCCGCCCACUGUGCCCCAGGGCGAAAGCCCCAAAAGGCCGAGUGAGCUGCAGCCUGGAGGCCUCUUUUAAGAUGACCCGCACGGACCCGCCGGACCUGCUGGUGUCGACCGUGUACCAGGACAUCAAGGUGGCGGCCCCGGGGCCCGUGUCGAGGCCCCCGCCAUGUGAGCGCCCAAUGGCCCGGCCUGCUGCGCCCGCGCCUUUCAACAAGCGCCACUGCCGCAGUUUCGAUUUCCUGGAGGCACUGGACCGGGAGGCCAUGGAGGCCCGUCCGGAGCCGCCGCCUCCGGAGCCCGCCGCGCCCUGCGCCCGAUCCCGCGACGGCGAGCCACGGCGCCGCGCCCGCUCCAAGAGCGCACCCCGUGCGGCCCCGGGCCUGGCGCCCGCACCCGCCUCACCGCCUGUGCCGCCGCGUCGAGGCCGGGAGGCCCAGCGGGCGGCGCCGGCCGACGCAUCGCCCCGCCGGGAGCCCGCGUACCCCGCGCUGCGCGCGCUCGCCAACGAGCUGCACCCCAUCAAGCUACAGCCUCAGCGGGGCGGCCCGGGCCGCAUGGCGCCCCUGUGCGCCGCCGCCAACCGCUGUGCGCCGGCCGAGCCACCCGCGGGGCCGGCCCCCCACGUCCGCUGCCGCCUGGACGUCAAGCCCGACGACGCGGUGCUGCAGCAUGCCGCCCGGAGCUCGAGGCCCUGCGGGCCCACCGAGACCGCGCCCUGGCCCCGCGCCGCCCCGCAGCUCCACGGCCUCACGGUGCCCGGGCCUCGCCACGUGGGGCUUUCGCUCACCCCCACCCCCAGUGACUCAUACUGCGCCGACCCCCGGGCGCUGUACUGCGAUGGGCCCCUUCUCGGGCCCCGAGACUACGCGGAGCGCCGGAGUCUGACCUUCAGCACCCCGCCGGGCCCCACCCAAUUCUUCUACACCGAGGAACCCGAGGGCCACCCCGGUGGCUUCAUGGCCAGCCCUGGACCGCCCUUCGACAGCUACUACCCCAGGCCCUUUCUGUCCGAAGAGCCACCCGGGCCCAGUCCAAGACACGGGAGCAUCUACUAUGCGGGGGAAGUUCGCACCUUCCCCGUCCAAGAACCACCCUCCCGUUCCUACUACGGGGAGGCCCCCCGAGCCUACGGCCCGCCCUGCGGCCCCCGCUACGCCCCCGAAGAGCCCCGGGCUCACCCCGCCGCCCGCCCCUUUUACACUGAGGACUUCGGGCGGUACCGCAAUCGAGACGCCCUGACGCGGACUUACCCACACCCGCGCAGCAGCCCGGCCUGGGGCGACUGGGGCCCGAGGCCUUACCGCACCCUGCAGGUGGCGCCUCCUCCCCCGGACCCCGGCCCGUUGCUCGCCUCGUGGCACGGCGGCACCGGCACCAGCCCACCCCGGCUAGCGACCGACAGCCGCCACUACUCGCGCUCCUGGGACAACAUCCUGGCCCCCGCGCCGCGCCGCGAAGACCCACUGGGCCGCGGCCGCAGCUACGAGAACCUGCUGGGGCGCGAGGCACGGGAGCCGCGGGGCACAUCCCCCGAAGGCCGGCGCCCGCCCGUCAUAGUGAACCUGUCCACCUCGCCCAGACGCUACGCGGCGCUGUCGCUGUCCGAGACGUCGCUGUCGGAGAAGGGCCGUAUGGGCGAGGGCCUGGCCCGAAACUGGUACGUCACGCCGGAGAUCACCAUCACCGACAACGACCUGCGCGCGGCUGAGCGCCCGAGCGCCAGGAGCUGGGAGCUGCUGGGGAGUCGCCCGCGGCCGCCUCCGCCCGCCGUCCCCGAUGGCCCCGCCCCUGGCCGCCAGCGCAGCCUCGAACAGCUGGACGAGCUCAUCACCGACCUGGUCAUCGACUCGCGGCCCCCAGCCGGCCAAGCGCCCGAGCCCGCGUCCGACGGCCUGGGCCGCCAGCUGCGGCGCCUGCAAGACUCGCGACCCUCGGGCGCCGGGGUCCCGACGCGGGCACCGCGCUCGCCACCCCUGUCUGCCGGCAGCGCUGAGGAGCCCGCGGGCCCGGGUCAGGCGGCCGACGCGUCCCCGGAGCCCAGCGCCGACGAGGACGACCUGAUGACGUGCUCCAAUGCGCGCUGCGGGCGCACCGAGACCAUGUUCAACGCCUGCCUCUACUUCAAGUCCUGCCACAGCUGCUACACCUACUACUGCUCGCGCCUCUGCCGCCGCGAGGACUGGGACGCGCACAAGGCGCGCUGCGUGUACGGCCGCGUGGGCAGCGUGUGCCGCCACGUGUUGCAAUUCUGCCGCGACAGCGGCCCAGUGCACCGCGCCUUCUCGCGCAUCGCGCGCGUCGGCUUCUUGUCGCGCGGCCGCGGCGUUCUCUUCCUGGGCUUCCCGAGUCCCGGCUCCGCAGACAACUUCCUGCGCUUCGGCCUCGAGGGGCUGCUGCUGUCGCCCACCUACCUUUCGCUGCGCGAGCUGGCCAUGCACGCGGCGCCACUGGGCAGCUAUGCUCGGGAGCUGGCGGCCGCCGGCCGCCUCUACGAGCCGGCGGAGUGCUUCCUGCUCAGCGUGUCCGUGGCCGUGGGCCCCGGCGCUGUGCCACCCGGCGCCCCUGCCCGGCCAGCUCCCGCGCCGCGCAGCCCCGGACCCACGGUGCGCAAGUUCGCCAAAGUGGCGCUGGCGGCCGGCAGCCCAGCACGGCCGCCCCCGGCGCGGGGCCGCGAACCCGACAUGGAGACGUUGAUCCUGACGCCGCCGCCCGGCACUGCGGGCCUGGACCAGGACGGCGAGGCGGGCCGGCGAGCACGCGAGGUGGCCUUCAUCCACAUCCAGCGAGAGCUGCGGCUCCGCGGCGUCUUCCUACGCCACGAGUUCCCGCGCGUCUACGAGCAGCUCUGCGAGUUCGUCGAAGCCAACCGGCGCUUCACACCCACCACCAUCUACCCCACGGACCGGCGCACAGGCCGUCCCUUCAUGUGCAUGAUCAUGGCCGCCUCCGAGCCACGCGCGCUAGACUGGGUGGCCAGUGCCAACCUGUUGGAUGACAUUAUGUGAGCCGCGAGGGCGCGCCCGGGGCCCGCCCAGUCCACCCAGGGCCCACCCUGAACCCCGUCCAGUCCACCCGAGCCCCGCCCAGUCCACUCAGGCCCCGCCCCGAGUUCACAGUCCCCGCCCAGCUCGCCAAAAGCUCCGCCCCAUUGCGUUCUCCACAGGCUCCGCCUUUCCCUCCGCCUUCCUGCGAACCCCCUUCCCCCCCAACCCCCAGACCAGUCCCGCCCGGCUCCCUCUCCCCCAGCUCGCCUUCGGGCCUCCCCAAGGGCCGGUCCUCGGCCGCUUGGUGCUCCCCGCUGGGAGGCGGGGUGGGUCUGAGGACCAGCCCGCCCUGCCUUUACGCGGAGGGGUCACUGCUGCAGAUCCCACCGCGCAUAAUCGGUUCGUCCGACCCCUGUCCGUCUGCAGGGCCUCCCUGGAACCUCUCCAACCCCGGCUCGCCCUGGUCCAGGAGCCCGAGUCGACCAAAGCCUAGUCCCGUCCCUUUAAACACACUCCCCACCCGCCUCCUGUGGUCUGGGAUGCGUCCUGCUCAGAGGCCUUUCCCCUCUAGAGGACACCCUGAUUGGCCUCGGUGUGUCCGCAUCCCAAGCACGUCCUGGCCUGAUGGGCAGGGCCGGCGGGGACCUGCGCGUGGUGUCUCCGCUGGCCCCCAUCCCUGCUGUGCCGGACCAUGGCAAACUGACGGCGCUGCCCGCCCUGCUGCAGGGGUUGGGCAAGCAGCAGUGAAGGGGUACUCGGGGGUCCUCAGCCAAGGUGCAAGACACCCAGCCAGAGGGAAGGGAGUCCUGGGUGGGGGAAGCAGAGCGGACGUAUGGGUAGGGGCGCUGGCCAGACCUGAGACCUGGCUGGGCGUGAGUCGGGCUGCCUGCCCUCACCCGACAGGAUGGCCCUAGGCGUGUGCCAGGGCAGACCCGGGGUGCAAACGGCAGCGCAGGCCCUAACCACACAGGGAGCCAGGAAGCAGGUAUACAGGGAGGCAGGAAGCAGGUGCACAGAAUGGAUUUGCGGGAGGGGCCGAGGAGGCCGUCCAGCAGGGACCCUAUUCCUAGGCACAGGGAGGACCAAAGAAGAGGGGCGUUCCCAGUUUGGAGCAGGGCGGGGAAAGCGUGGAUGGGAGCAGGUUCGCCAGGGCGGUGGUCCACCGGAGGGGUGGGAGCGUGAUUAAACAAACGCCCCCGAGCGCUCGCUCUAGCCGUGCCCUGUGGUGCGGCCAGGGGGCCCGGCUCCGGCCCUCGGGAGCGCACGCUCGAGUGUCCGUCCUUCCCCGCCCUACCCCGGGGUGCCCGCUGGCCCUGGCCCGGGCUCCAAGGAUGGCGAGUAACCUGGAGAGGGGGCAAGGCCGGGAGCCCGGAAGGGCCCUCCUGUAGCCCCCAGUCCCCCAUUGGGGCCAGGUGGGGCAUCGACUGAAUUAAAUUGUGGACCUCCCCCCGCCAAACCCCGCCUCUGUUCCCGGCCCUCGCCCCUGACCGUGCACCCGCGCCCAUCUCCCUCCCCUAAAUGCCUGUGCGCCCACCUCGGCUCCGCGCAUUUGCACCGGCCACGCGCCCCGCUUGCCCCACCCGCCUUCGCGGCCUCCCAAACUGGCCGCCGCGCCCCCCGGCCUGGGUGCCUCCGCCUUCUGCCCCGCGCCUGAGGGCCGGCCCUCCAGGAAGGACCCUGGGCCGGGAUUAUUUCCAGAGGGCGAGCGCUUUCGAACCAAGGAAAAUAAAACUCGAAUGUAGCCA